AUGGGGCUGGCGCCGGGGCCACCAGGUGCCACCGGGCACAACCUGAGCUGCGUGUCCUACAAGCACCCCAGCGUGCGGGGCAGCCUGGGGGGGGGCACGGAGGGAGGGGCCCCCAGCACCGUCCGCUGCCCCCCCCGGCAGUGCUGCAUCGGCAUCUGGAACCGCAGCCAGGCGCUGGUGCAGGGGUGCUGGGGGGGCGGGGGGGCCGCCUGCCCCUCGCCUUGGUGCGCCCCCAGCCCCGCCGGCCCCCCCGGGGCCGCCGUCCUCGUCUGCCUCUGCCACGGCCACCUCUGCAACGGCAACGCCAGCGGGAACGGGGGGGCCCUGGGGCUGGGGGGCCCCCCCCCGGCCCCUGCUCCCGGCCAUGUGGCACCCGCGGGGACGCUGUGGCUGUGGGGCGCGGGUCCCCUCCUGCUCCUCUUCCUCGCCUGCCUGGCCGUGCUGGGGCUGCGACGGGCGAGGGCGCAGACGGAGCGGCCCCCCCGGGGACGUCGGGGACUUGGGGCCCCCCCAGCGCCCCCCAGCCCGGAGCUGCCCGCGCUGCGCUUCCUGCAGGUGCUGCAGGCGGGGCGCUUCUCGGCGGUGUGGCGGGGCACCCUGCAGCAGCGGCCGGUGGCCAUCAAGGCGUUCGCGGCGGGGGCGGCCGGGCGCUUCGCGGCCGAGCGGGCGGUGCACGCGCUGCCGCUGAUGGAGCACGAGAACGUGGCGCGGCUGCUGGGCGCCCGCGGCGCUGGGCCCUGCGCCCGCGGGGGGCUCCUGGUCCUGCAGCUCUACCCCGCCGGCUCCCUGCGCCACUUCCUGCGCCAGCACGUGGGGACGUGGGCCGGCAGCGUGCGCCUGGCGCUCUCGCUCGCCCGCGGCCUCGCCUUCCUGCACCAGGAGCUUUGGCGCGACGGCCUGUACAAGCCCAGCGUGGUGCACCGGGACCUGAGCAGCCAGAACGUGCUGGUGCGCGAGGACGGGACCUGCGCCAUCGGGGACUUCGGGCUGGCGCUGGCGCUGCCGCCCCGCGCCCAGGCUGGCAGCGGCGGGCACCGCGCCGUGCCCAUCCGCAAGGCGGGCACCCAGCGGUACCUGGCGCCCGAGAUCCUGGACGAGAGCCUGGACCUGCGCUCGUGGGGCCGGGCGCUGCGGCAGGCCGACGUCUACGCCCUGGCGCUGCUGCUCUGGGAGAUCCUCUCGCGCUGCCAGGCCCUCAGCCCCGGAGCCCCCGUGCCCGAAUUCCGGCUGGCGUAUGAGGCCGAGCUGGGCGCCAGCCCCACGGCGGCGCAGCUCCGGCGCUUGGCCGUGGACGAGCGGCGGCGCCCGCUCAUCCCCCCCGCCUGGCACCAGUGCCCAAAGCCCCCGGGGGCGGUGCAGGAGCUGCUGGAGGACUGCUGGGACCCCGACCCCGAGGCGCGGCUCUCGGCCGAGCGCGCCCUGCAGCGCCUGCAGCGCCUGGCGGCGGAAAGGGAGCAGCAUGGCCUUGUGGAGGAAGUCACCGGCCUUCAGGAGACGCACGGGACCGCCCCCACGGAAGCUACUGACCGCUGCGCCAUGGGGAAAGGGGGCGGGGCUGAGGGUGGCUGGUUGGAGGAGUCCCUGCUGGACUGCGCCUUCGCUGCCUGUGACACGGAGCAGACAGGCGCGGUGCCAGCCUGGCGCAUCGUGGAGUACCUGCGGGCGGUGACGGGGCGUAGCGGCGAGGAGCAGCAGCUGCAGGAGCUCAGGCAGAUGCUGGAGCUGACGGCAGCGGGGGGGGCCCUGGAUCUGCCCACCUUCCGCGCCGUCAUGCGCGAGUGGAUCGCCCACUGUCAGUGGGACGGGGCAUCGCAGCCUGCUGAGGAGCUGGAUGUAACAGGCGGACCUCGUGUGCUCACAGCCGCAUUGGAUCUUGAGGGCUAUGGCGGCGAAAGAGAGAGCGUGACCUUGGACAGCAGGAGCAUCGAGGAGGAGCUGGAGCGCUCCAACCAGCACUUGGCCAGCCAGAACGCCACGCUGCGCUGUGCCCUGGAGUCAGCCGAGGAGCUGAAUGCCCAGCUGGCUGAGGAGGUGGCAGGGCUGACGGCGCAGCUCCACCGUGCCCAGCAGGCGUUGGAGCAUGGCUGGGCAACCAGCCAAAAGCUGGAGGACCUGGAGGAUGAGGAAAGGGAGCAGCAUGGCCUUGUGGAGGAAGUCACCGGCCUUCAGGAGACGAACUCAACGCUGCUUGCUGAGGCCAAGGGAAGGAAGGAGAAUCUUCAGGCACUGGAGGCAAAGAAGGAUGCUAUCCUGCAGCUCGGCCUCAACCGCCGCACAUAUCUGUGA